UUGCUUAUUUUUCAGCUUUUAGUUAUUUCAGUAAUAGCCUAUGGCUAUGCGGAUAAAUUAGAUCGGACUUACCUGCCUCCCGCUAAUGCGGCAAGUUCCGGCGGAAGUCCCGGAGCUUUAACUGCUCCAUUUGGAAAUGGACCAUCGGGUCCAAAAUCACCAGGGUUUGGAACAUCUUCUAAUUUGCCUGGUUUUAGACAAACUGAGGCUACUUUUGGACAAUCCUCCCAAUUAACAUCUCAACCAACUGGCACUGGCUUCGGAUCAAACUUCGAUCAAACAAAAUCUGGUGGAUUUAGCCCAUCUAGCGGAUCUGCUGGAACCAAAUCUUCUGCGCUUGGUCAGAAUACAGGUGCAUCUGGAUUUGGUCAAACAUCAUCACCAACUGAAACUGGUUUCGAUUCUGGUACUAGUUCUGGAUAUCGCCAAGGCGCACAAGGUUCAUUUACUCAAUCCUACUCAUCAAAUCAAGGCGGGCAAGCAAAUUCAUUCGUCAGUCAGGCACACCAGUCUCAGCGGGCUCAAAGUGAUUCAGAAAGGAAUGCGCAAAUUCUGAGAUAUGAAAACCAAAACGAUGGCGAAACAUACUCUUACAGUUUUGAAACCUCUAACGGUAUAUCUGCCGAGGAAUCCGGUGUUGCUACCAAUGGAGUGAGAGCUCAAGGAGGGUUCUCUUAUACAUCCGAUGAUGGUGAAAAGAUAACUGUGACGUAUACCGCUGACGAAAAUGGAUUUCAACCUCAAGGUAAUCAUUUGCCUACUCCACCCCCAAUUCCUGUGGAGAUACUUAAAUCCAUCGAAGAAAAUGCGAGAGCUGCAGCAGCUGGAGUUCAAGAAGGUGCUUACCGACCAGAGGAGUAUGAAACUGGAGUAUCUAACCAGAUAAAUGGUCAACAAGGGUAUGGAAAAGGAAACGGAUACCAACAGCAAGGUCAAGGUGCUUUUGGACAGACAGCUGAAUCUCAAGGGCAGGGUGGAUAUAGACAGAGCAGUGGAUCGCAAGCACAGGGUGCUUAUGGACAGACUGCUGCAUCGCGGGGUCAGGGUGGUUAUAAUCUUGGCAGUGGAUCACAAGCACAGGGUGCUUAUGGACAGACAGCUGGAUCGCGAGGUCAAGGUGGUUAUGGACAGAGCAGUGGAUCGCAAGGACAGGAUGCUUAUGGACAAACAACUGGAUCGCAAGGUCAGGGUGGGUAUGGACAGAGCAGUAGAUUACAAGGACAGGGUGCUUAUGGACAGACUGCUGGAUCGCAGGGUCAGGGUGGUUAUGAACUUGGCAGUGGAUCACAAGCACAGGGUGCUUAUGGACAGAUAGCUGGAUCGCAAGGUCAGGGUGGGUAUGGACAGAGCAGUAGAUCACAAGGACAGGGUGCUUUUGGACAAAAAGAUGGUUCAAAAAGUCAGAGUGGUUUUGGGCAGGCAAAUGGAUCGCAAGGGCAUGGUAUCCUUGAACAAAAUUCUGGAUCACAAACCCAGAAUUCCUUUGGACAGACAUCUAGAUUGCAGGGGCAAGGUGCUUUUGGGCACACAGGAGCAUCGAAAGGAACUGCUGCCUUUGGACAGACUUCUGGAUCGCAAGGUCAGGGUGCCAUAGGACAAAGUACUGGAGCACAAGGACAAAGUGGUUAUGACCGAGCUGCCGGAUCGCAAGUGCAAAGUGCCUUUGGACAAUCUACUGGAUCGCGAGGACAGAAUGCCUUUGGUCAAGGUACUGGAGCACAAGGGCAAAGUGGUUAUGGACAGACUACCGGAUCGCAAAGACAAGGUAUCUUUGGACAAUCUUCUGGAUCUCGAGUAAAGGGUGCUGUUGGUCAAGAUGUUGGAGCACAAGCACAGAACGGUUAUGGGCAGACAACUGGAUCGCAAGGACAGGGUGCCUUUGGACGGAUAAUUGGAGCUCAAGCACAAGGUCAGUUGAGUCAAGGUCAACAAGGUUUUGAUCAAGGGGCAAAUAAAUUAUCAUCAGGUGCUAAAGGUCACGGACUUCAAAGUUCGUCUCAAAAUCAAAGAGAGUCAGGAUACGAAUAUAAUCGACCUCAAGGUUCCCCGUUCCCAUCGGGGUCCAAUCGACCUGGACAAGGGUCUUCACCAUUUAGUGGUGGUUCUAAUCAGCCAUCUUCUGGAUCUAACUCUAUUGAUCAAGCUUCCACUCAGUACAGACCAAAUGGCAAUCAAUAUUCAACAGGGUCAAUAUCAGGCUCUUCAGGUCAAAAACCUGGUUCCCAAAUUAAUUCUAAUCUGCCAACGUUUGGACCUACAAAUAGUAACAUAGGUUCUCAGAAUAGACCCGGUGGCAAUCAGCCAAGUUCUGGUACCACAAAUAAAGGGUUCCCGUCACCAAACCGACCUGUAGGUAACAUACCUUCUUUAUCAGGAUCAGGUCAGAAUAAUUCUUCAUUUAGGCCUAUUGGAAAUCAGCCCUCCCUUGGAUCAACUAGUGGUCAAGGAUACCAGUAUAAUCAGCCAGGUUCCCAGCCUAACCUACCUAGCAAUCAACCUCAACGCCCUGGUUUUUCAUCUACGUCAUCGUCUAACCAAGCGAAUACUGGUCAAACUUUUGGAGGUCCUCGCCAGCCACCAAGCUUUAGCCCUGAGGAAGGAUACAAAUACUAA